AUUGUUAUGGCAGCCCUCUCCUCUUACACUGAUUUCUCCUUUUACACUAAAUACAAGUUGUCUUCCCCAGCUUCUCUCAUUGAAACAGUCUCUCUUAAGCCCCACUCCCUUUCACUCUCUCUUUUUGGCUUUAUCGUAUAAUGAACAAAAUGCACUUCCCCACAAGCCACUGAUAAACCCUUUUGUACACAAAGCUUUUACCUUGAUGAAUUAAGUAGUUUUUUUUUCGAGGUUUUAUAAUAUACCUCACCUUUUAGGCCCCUCUCUUGAAAAUGGAAGAAAAUCUUGAUUGUUCAGCCUCAAAUCUUCUCUGUUCAGAGAACGCAAGUUCUUGCUUUGAUGAUGAUCUUGAUUUUAAUGCCAUAAAGGAGUUUGGGGUUUCCCCUGAUUGUGACCACCACCUUAAAAACCAAAUCUUUAAUCAACAAGACCCUUUUUUCAUAAACAACAGAUCAACUUAUUUGAUGGGUAGUUCUGGUUUUGCAAUACAAAGUGAUGAUCGAAUCAAAGAGAUGGUUGAAAAGGAGGUGGAGCAUUUGCCUGAAGAUGAUUAUCUCAAGAGACUGAGAAGUGGGGAUUUGGACUUGAGUGUUAGGAAAGAGGCUCUUGAUUGGAUUUGGAAGGCUUCUGCUUAUUACGGUUUUGGACCUUUGAGUCUUUGCCUAUCCAUUAACUACUUGGAUCGGUUCCUUUCAGUUUAUGACAUACCUAGAGGUAAAACAUGGACCGUGCAAUUGCUUGCUGUUGCUUGUUUAUCAAUUGCAGCCAAAAUGGAGGAGACAAAAGUGCCUCUAUCUGUAGAUUUGCAGGUGGGAGAACCAAAGUUUGUGUUUGAAGCUAAAACGAUAUACAGAAUGGAGGUCUUGGUUUUAAGCACAUUGAAGUGGAAAAUGCAAGUGAUCACUCCUUGUUCCUUCAUUGACUACUUUAUGAGUAAAAUUUGUAAUGAUCAAUAUCCAUCGUCAAUGUCAAUAUCCAGAUCAUUGCAACUGAUAUUGAGCACAAUCAAAGUGUUUUGUUGGGAAAUGGAUGCAGGUAUUGACUUCUUGGAAUUCAGGCCUUCUGAAAUUGCUGCAGCAAUGGCUAUUUCUGUUUCAGGAGAUAUGCAAACAUUAUCCAUUGACAAGGCAGUUUCAUCUUUCGCCUUUGUAGGAAAGGGUAGAGUUUUGAAGUGUGUUGAACUGAUGAAAGAUUUGACAUUCAUUAAUGGGGAUGCUGCUAAAACUGCUAAUGUGGCAACUCAACACUCCUCAGUUUUUACUGUGCCCCAAAGCCCCAUUGGGGUGUUGGAUGCUGCUGCAUGCCUGAGCUAUAAAAGUGAUGAAAUAACAGUCGGCUCAUGUGCAAAUUCAUCACAUUCUAGUCCAGACAUUAAAAGGAGGAAACAAGACCACGACGAUAACAACAACAAAGCUUCCGAACACGGUUUCAAGUCAUGACAUGUGAAUUUUCCCUUCCUUUUUCACUCUUUAAAAAAAAAAAUUAGUGCAAAAUCAAUUUGGUUGAAUGGGAACUUUGGUGUGGUUUUGGAGCUCAAAGAGAAGAGUGAGAAAUGGGAAAAUACAGAAGGAAAAAAAAAGUUGAAAAUGAUUUCCAGGUUCUUCAAUGCUAAAAGCAUGAACUAAUUUAAGAAGAGGGGAAACAAGAGUUGUCACCAGCUGUCUAUAUAAAUCAAGCUCCCUCAAAUUACAGCUGUAGGUAUCACAGGCAGAAGUCAACGGUGGUGUUGUUUUUGUCUUUAACAAGGAAAUAUUAUUUAGUUCAAAAAAAAUAAAAGGAAAUAUUAUAGCUUUUUUUUAAUUACUAUUAUUUGUUGUUGAGUAAAGUAAGGACGAAUUUCGAAAAGAUUAAGUCGAAGAUAAAAGAUUUGGAAGUGGAUUAAGAAUAUAUAAGUUUUGUUUAAUGUGUUAUUAUUUUUUGUAAUUCAGAUGAUAAUUGAGUGUAACUGAAUUUAUGAACGAAAUCAAAAUGCUGACCUCAAA